ACACCAGCUCGUGUUUCCUUAACAUAGCUAGUAGUGUGCAGCUGAAAUGGCUAAUAGAGCUCGCGUUAAGCUUUGGGCUGCUGCCUUCAUCGCCCUUGUGAGCUUCCAGCUUGCGUUGGCAGCUAGAUCGCUCACCGGGGCUGCCGCAGGAGGCGGUGGCGGAGGUGGAGGAGGAGGCGGAGGCGGAGGUGGAGGCUCUGGCAGUGGUUCUGGAUAUGGCUCCGGCUCCGGCUCUGGAUAUGGUGAGGGUGCCGGUGGAGGGAGUGCCGGAGGGUACGGUAGAGGAGGAGGAGGAGGCGGUGGCGGAGGAGAAGGAGGCGGAGGCGGUUCUGGCUCUGGGUCCGGCAGCGGUUAUGGUUCAGGAUAUGGUGAGGGCGCUGGAGGAGGAAGCGCCGGAGGGUAUGGGAAAGGAGGCGGUGGCGGCGGCGGCAGCGGAGGCGGUGGCGGUGGGGGAGAAGGGGGAGGUGUAGGCUCUGGCUCUGGUUACGGGCAAGGGUAUGGAUCGGGUUACGGUGCGGGUGGUGGAGCUGGUAAUGCUGGAGGAUACGGAAAGGGCGGCGGCGGCGGAGGUGGUGGCGGCGGAGGAGAGGGCGGUGGUGUUGGGUCGGGAUCCGGGUCCGGUCAGGGGUAUGGAUCUGGAUCUGGAUCUGGCUCCGGCGCGGGUGGUGCACAUGGUGGUGUUGGGUCGGGAUCCGGGUCCGGUCAGGGGUAUGGAUCUGGAUCUGGCUCCGGCGCGGGUGGUGCACAUGGUGGUGGCUAUGGUCGUGGCGGCGGUGGUGGAGGCGGCGGCGGCGAGGGAUCAGGUGGGGGCACUGGCUCAGGCUCCGGGUCUGGGUCUGGGUCUGGUUACGGCAGUGGAGGUGGAAAUGGCCAUAAUUAGAUGACUAACAUUCUAUGUAUUAUGUAUUAUACAAGACAUGGGUGUUCGUGCUGUACCAGUAGCGCUACCGCAUAAUGAAUAAAUGAAAGCUAUUUUGCUAGUUAUAAUUA